AUGCUUCGUGUGGGCUGUUGUUUUCUGGGGCGAUGGGGUCCUCGUGACUUCUUGCGUGGGCGUACCAAACGCGGCGGGGCAAUCCAUACCCGCCAUACACACGGCAGCCAGGGACGGUACAAGCGCCUCUCGAAUAGUUUUGGCUUGCGUGACGGUCGUCGGCACGCGUGGAAUCAUAUGAAGGGUGGUCUUGGCGUCAAGCUAGGCGGUGGACUGUUUGGUCUGCGCAUUCCGCGUCAGCACGCUCUCUCUACCAUGUCGCGAGAGCAGUACGAGGUUUCCAUUCACGGUCAUCCCAACAUCACGAAUCCUUAUCGACAUCACAUGAAUGAACACCCGGACUUGAAGGGGGUGAUGCGAAACGCGUCUCUGGAUGUGCAUGUGGUGCUGCUGAUGCCUCGCGUACCGCGUGCCACGACGAACACGACGACGACGACGACGACGGCCGUGGCGGAGGAAGUGCCGCACGCGUGGGACGAAUUGCUUCAGCAUUUGGGAGGGGUCAUCCAAAAGGAGUCUUGGGCGUUGGGUCAUAGCAGCAGCACGAGCGGCAGUAGUAUCAAAACUUACUGCGCAACAACGUCUGCGUCUGUUCUAUGCCGUGAUGCCAGUCACGAUUCACUGCACGCUGCUGCGGCGUCUCUCUUUAAGGACCUCACACGGGGCGCAAAAAUAAGCCCGCCGUCUCCGGCGUUGUUGCGUCAGAGGCACGAAAAGAGGCACAUUCCCCUAUUUGGUGCUUCUUUUUCCACGGAUGCACUGCCAUACACGAGGGCGGGUGUUGCACUCGCGUCUUCCACAUCGCCGUUUUGCACGGCACAGAAGCAGGUGUCCCGAAUUUUCUCACAGGACUCGAAAAAAGGGAUUGACCGCGCCUCAAUGAACCCGCCCAUGUCUCUUGCCACGAUUUCCUCCUGUGGCGUCUCCCAGCGUGGGGUACAGCAGUUGCUGCAGGACCUGCAACAGGCUUGUCCCCAGGCUCUGGGUCUGUGCCUUCGCCUAGAGGAGCUUCUGCCCGCCGGGGGUGCGGAGGUGCAGGAGUCUGCGGCGGAGGCGUCAUCAACAAGCCCUCCCCGAAAAUUGCUGCGGGAGGAAAUGGACCCAGAUGAAGUCGGUGUGUGGAAGAGUCCCACGGCGACGGUGGGGGCCCUUAUGCGAUGGCAGUAUUUUAACUGGGAUCCGCGUGCACAUAGCAAGGAUUGCUUGCCACAUCACAGACGAUGCCAAUCCGUGCACGUAUUUGUGGACGCCUCAAGAGUAAGAGGAAGGAAAAACCCUUCCGCAGUGGAGGCAAGCAGUAAUCAACGUCGCUUUGCCGCGCGGUCACUGAUGUCUCCACAUCUUUCAGAAAAGUUACAGUCAAUGAACUUUAAACGUGUGAGUCAAAAGGGUCUUGCUGAGACGCUGGCGGCGUUGCGGGGGUGGUCUGUGGAUUCCCACUGGCGUGCCCUCGAAGAGCGAAGAAGAACGCGUAGAGGAGAAGCGAAGGCGCACUCCCAUUCACAUUAA